GUGAUAUGGCAUCCUAUUCUUGGUCGGACGCACUGAUUUUUGCGAUAAAUAAUGUAGCAAAGCAAGUGUUUGUCUCUGAGUUAGCCGUUGUCAUCAAAGAUAAAUAUCCCAAGGCUAUAUACCAUUUCUUAGUGCUUCCAUGGAAGGAUAUAGACUCUGUGUACGAACUAUCUUCUGGAGACGAGGGUUUGUUGCAUGAAAUGUACAAUCUAGGUUUGAAAGCGACUGACUCCAGUGGACUGCCGGUUGGACGGUUCGAAUUUGGAUAUCAUAUGAAACCUUCCAUGAGGCGGCUACAUUUGCACGUUAUAUCCAAAGACUAUCACUCACCCUGUCUUUCGCAUCGGUUUCAUUGGACCGCAUUCAAUACGGAUUUUUUCAUGAAACAUGAAUACGUGAUCGAGAAGAUUCGAGCUGAGGGUCACAUACAACGUCCGAAUGAAAAAUGUAUUCUUGAACUGUUGGAAUCUCCCCUGCAAUGCAAUCAAUGUUCUUAUCAACCAAUCAGUUUUCAGGAAUUAAAGCGACACCUCAAGCAACAUGUAGAAGAGUAAGAUAAUUGCCAUAAUAAAAGCAAGACAAAAAUCGCGGUGCCAAUAUUUCAUAGCCAGGAUAAAUCCCGCUUGGCGAUUUCAAAAACAUGCUACUUUUGUUUCAUCCCCAUACAAAAAUGCAGCGUAUUUGAUCAGCUAGGAGAACUUUUUAAAGAUAACUGCUCCACAUACCUAUCGGGAUAUUAUCUAAACGUAAGAUAACUUUAGUUAAACGCACAUCAAUCAAUAGAAUGCACGAAAGUCGUUAGCUUACUGUUACGCAGCAAUGUGUCUCAGAAUUGUAACAGUAAAUCCUAGAUCUGUUUUCUUGUGGAUUAACACAGCGAAGUUUAUAAAACAUCGGUUCUACAUUGAAUGGUAGACAUUGCAAUGCACAUCAGCAUACAUUGUCUGUCACAAAGCACAUUCAAGAACUUCUUCGUCACCAAAAUAUGCGCAUGAUAUGUUGUAACAUAGUUGUAUUGUUAUUCAUUAAUUUUACAACAAUGUAGUUGAAAUUUGAUUACGAUAGCUCAGAUGGAG